AUGGCACCGCACCAAAAGGACCGCCUCCUCGUCGUCAUCGGCUCCGGGCCGGGCAUCGGCGUGCAUGUCGCAUCGGCCUUUGCGACUCGCGGCUUCAACCGCGUCGCCCUCGUCGCGCGCAACCAGGCGAAGCUCAACAGCGACCGCGCCACCAUCGAGAAGGCUGCCGCGUCCGGAGCGAGCGUCAAGGUCGGCACGUACGCGACCGACAUCACUGAUCAUGUGGCCUUCAACAACAUCCUGAAUAAGAUGGACGAGGAGAUGGGCCCAGCAGAGUGCGUGUUCUACAACGCCGCCACGGUCCGGCCCUCGGUCCUGCUGGAGACGAGCGAGGUCGACAUGGAGCAGGACUUUAAGGUUACGUGCACAAGCCUCCACGCAACGGCCAAGCACUAUGUCCCGCAGCUCAUCAAGCUCGCUGAGACGGACCUCUCCGCUCGGCCCUCGCUUCUCAUCACGAGCUCAGAGCUCCCACACCAGCCAGACCCGGAAUCAUUCGUCCUUUCCAUGACCAAGGCGGCCCAGCGCAACAUGGCGCAGUCUAUGGCGCAAACGUUUGGCCCAAAAGGCGUGCGCGUAGGCCUUGUGACCGUCUGCGGCGUCGUCGACCCAGAGAAGAAGCAGUUGAACUCGGAAUUCAUCGCUGACCGCGCCUGGGACUUGUUCAAUCAACCGAAAGAGCAGCAGGACUUCGAGGUCAUUAUAAAAGAAGAGUUUGAGGUAUCAAUUCGAGAAGGACGGCACUAG